AUGCAGACCUCAUUGCUUCUGCGUGCUAGAGGGCAGCCUCUUGCCAGACUGUCUGGUAGCUUUGCUCGGGGAACCCGGGCUAUGGGCUCCUAUGCUACUUUCAAGGUUCCUCGCAUUGAUAACGAGCCAAACAAACACUACAUUCCCGGCACCCCCGACCGCAAGGCCCUCGAGGAGGCCCUCGCAAGAGCCAAGCAGAGCGCUCCUUUGAACGUCCCCCUGGUUGUUGCUGGAAAGGAGAUCAAGAGCUCUCAGUCCUUGACCCAGGCAAACCCCGCCACCCACGGCCCUGUUGCUACUUACUCCCACGCCACCGCAGCCGAUGUUCAAGCAUCCAUUGAUGCAGCUCUCGCAGCCAGAGAGUCGUGGGCUUCUGCCUCUUUCGCCGACCGUGCCAGCGUUUUCCUCAAGGCCGCAGACUUGAUCUCAACCAAGUACCGCUAUGACAUCAUGGCAUUGACGAUGCACGGCCAGGGAAAGAAUGCGUGGCAGGCCGAGAUUGACUCCGCAGCUGAGCUGUGUGACUUCUUCAGAUUUGGUGUCAAGUACGCUGAGGAUCUGUAUGCUCAGCAGCCGGCUCAUAAUGCUCCUGGCGUUUGGAACCGUGUUGAGUACCGUCCUCUCGAGGGUUUCGUCUACGCCAUCAGUCCUUUCAACUUCACUGCCAUUGGUGGUAACCUGGCUGGUGCCCCUGCCCUGAUGGGUAACGUUGUUGUCUGGAAGCCAUCGCCAUCGGCCAUUGCCUCGAACUGGUUGGUCUACCAGAUUCUCCUCGAGGCCGGUUUGCCCAAGGAUGUCAUCCAGUUCGUUCCCGGAGACGCUGAGGAGGUCACCAACACCGUCCUCAACCACCCUGAGUUUGCUGCCCUCCACUUCACUGGUAGCACCAGCGUCUUCCGCUCGCUCUAUAAGCAGAUUGCCGACGGUGUUGGCGAGGGCAAGUACCGCAGCUACCCUCGUAUCGUUGGUGAGACUGGUGGAAAGAACUUCCAUCUCAUCCACAAGUCGGCCGAUAUCCGCAACGCCGCUGUCCAGACCGUCCGUGGAGCUUUCGAAUUCCAGGGACAGAAGUGCAGUGCUACCUCGCGUGCGUACGUCGCCAACUCUGUCGCGGACCAGUUCUUGGAGCAGGUCGCGGCUGAGACCAAGGCUCUUAAGAUUGGCGAGCCUUCCGACUUCACCAACUUCUGUGGCCCCGUCAUCCACGAGGGGUCCUUCAACAAGCUGGCGCAGGUCAUCGAUGAGGCCAAGAAUGACCCCGAACUCGAGCUGCUCGCCGGUGGUACCUAUGACUCCUCCAAGGGCUGGUACAUCCAACCCACCGUUUACCGCACCACCAACCCUGACCACCCCCUGCUUUCCCGGGAGCUGUUUGGCCCCGUCCUGGUUGUCUACUCCUACGAAGAUGCCACUGAUGCAGACUUCACCAAGAUCUGCCAGAAGAUCGACCAGACCGGUGACUACGGUCUGACUGGAUCCGUUUUCGCCCAGGGCAGAGACACCAUUGCUCUGGCCUCCGACGCUCUCCGCAACACCGCAGGAAACUUCUACAUUAACUGCAAGAGCACUGGUGCUGUCGUGGGCCAGCAGCCCUUCGGAGGUGCUCGUGCCAGUGGAACCAACGACAAGGCCGGAAGUGGAAACCUUCUCUCGCGCUUCGUCAGCUUGCGCUCCAUGAAGGAGGAAUUCGUCCCUACCUACAAGGUUGAAUACCCCAGCAACGCCUAG